AGCCACAACACCCGCCACAAUAUGUUAACCCAGUGCACAGCAUGCAUGAUUCUCCUUGCCUCGCUAGCAGCGGCGGCGCCAGAGAACUUUCCUCACUUCCAGACCUACAGGGCCACGGGAGUACUGAAGCCCGAGUCCAAGGAACUUGGUUCAUCCGAGAGACUUGUCGCUGCCACCAUCGACCUUCUCCCGGAGAUCGCCGACGUCUUCGAGCGAGUGGGAGGUGUCUCCUCCAACGACCCUGAGGCAGUACAACAGGCGAUAGUUGAGUUCCUGCCUCUCACACGCACUUCCAUAAAGGCGGCCGCCGAGGCAGAGGGAAGAGAAGUUAAUGAAGAUCACUUAAGGAGGCUCAGUGCUGCUGAAGCAGUAAUGCCCGCCGUGAAUGACUUCAUGAACAGACUCAGAAGAAUCAACUUCUUCAGGAUCACAGAUAAUCAGCAGCAACAGUAUCAGUAACUUGAUCAAUGGAUACUAAAUAUGCUACUCUUUCCUGUAUAUUUUUCUUGACCUAUAUAGAGCACUUCACUAU